CGGUUUUUUUGUUGUUGUUGUUUUAUGUUCAGCCACGGGCGGCAGCACUGAGUGGUGAAGCCACAGCAGCAGUCGCUAGUGGAGAGUGAAGAGUGGAGAGUGUCGCAACCAGUAAGACCAGGGAACCGAAGAAGCGGGAAGACUGUUAACACACAGCAAUAGAAAACAUUGUGUGUGUUUGUGUGUGUGUGUGAGAGAGAGAGAGAGAGGGAGCGACAGAGCCCAGCCAUACCCAGAUCAACCCACUUUCGCCAGUCCGAAGCCGAAGCGAGGCAACUGCAGCAGUCCAGCAAUCAGCACCACCAUGGUGGAUCGUCUUGUCAACUCGGAGGCCAACACGCGCCGCAUCGCCUCCGUGGAGAGCUGCUUCGGUAGCUCCGGUGUACCGCUGGCCGUACCCGGCCGUGUGCUCGUCGGCGAGGGUGUGCUGACGAAGAUGUGCCGCAAGCGGCCAAAGUCACGCCAGUUCUUCCUGUUCAACGACAUCCUCGUGUACGGGAACAUUGUGAUCGGCAAGAAAAAGUACAACAAGCAGCACAUCAUGCCGCUGGAGGAGGUGUCGCUAGACUCGAUUGUGGAUAACCAGCAGUAUCGGAACGGCUGGUACAUACGCACCACCACCAAAUCGUUUGUGGUGUACGCGGCCACCAGCACCGAGAAGCAGGAGUGGAUGGCUCACAUCAACAAGUGUGUGGAGGAUUUGUUGCGCAAGAGCGGCAAGAAGCCCGUGGAGAAUCACGCCGCCGUCUGGGUGCCGGACACGGACGCCAGCAUCUGUAUGCACUGCAAGAGGACGCAGUUCACCUUCAUCCAGCGCCGGCACCACUGCCGCAGCUGCGGCGCCGUCGUCUGCGCCGGCUGCUCCUCGAAGAAGUUCCUGCUGCCGCAGCAGAGCACGAAAUCGCUGCGCGUCUGCGAUGCUUGCUAUGAGCGUCUCAAGCAUGUUCCCAGCGGUGCGGGCGAGGAGUUGGCAGGCGCGGCCGCUGGCGGUGUCAAGCACAAUGCCAGCGGUCAUGGCCCGGCGGGCGAUAGCUCCAACGAUGAGGACACUGACGAGGAGACGACCUCGCCGGGCGGUGAAUCGCACGACGAGCCGCGCUUCUACGGCGACAGCAGCGUGCUCUCCGCGGACGAUAGCCAAUCCACGAUAGCCACGCCACCAUCCUCAUCCUCAACGACGACGGUCAGUCCCAGCCAGAAUCCUGCCGUGGCCUCCUCAAUGACGGGCUCCCACUGUUGAGACAAAGCAGACGCACGGACAAAGGACGGAGCUGCUGACGGACAAACACGAUCGAAUCACGAUUGGAUAACGGCAAGACGAACAACGCAAGCGAUGCGAGCAGGAGGAGAUCAAGGAGAUACGAAAGAUGAUGGUAUUCAAGGCGCGUCCAAAUCCAUUUAAGUAGCCCCCAAAAAACACUUUAACCUGUCCAAAAUUUCGAUCUUAAGCUCCUUCCUCCCAACCCCCCAAAAUCCCCAAAAAAAACCCACUUUCCCGAAAUGUAAUCUGUAAUUUAGAGCAAGACUAGGCGGCGAUACGCGGGGUGGUGAGGAUUAUACAUAUGCAUACAUAUACAUACAUACAUUUAUUUUUGUACCAACCACGAAGAAGAUGGGAGAUCUGGUCAUCAAAGAGAAGGAAACAAUAAGAAGCGGCAGCCAGAAGCAAAUCAAAAAUUGGACAAAGACAAAUUAAAUGAUAUUUGAAUUCUGGGAAGCAGAAGCGGAAGCUGUACUCCAAGCGGCAGGCGCGCAUCCUGGCAUCCUUCUACCUACCAGGAGAUAUCUAAGAAGACGCUUGUCUAAAAUCACACCAAUACACGAUAAACACGUACUAUCUAUAUAUAGUUUUUUUUAUCAGAUUAACUCGAUUUGUCUCUAACAUUAUUUUAUACGUACAUUCGUUCAUUUAUAUCGUAUAUCUAUAGAAACAAGCAUUAAUUUUUUUUCGAUGGGAAGCCACCUCUAAUCGUACGUUCUCGGAUGGGAAGGAUAACUAUAUAAAUAUAUAUGUAUACCAUUAGGCAAUUUGCAAUUGCAAUCAUUAACUGUUUUCUAUUUGUAAUAAGUCGAAAGAAACAA